CGCAGGCUUAGAAAAGACCUGAAAGAAAUAAAGAGAAAAACAGCAGAAAACUUAGAAGAUAAGUAUUGCUGUUACACGAAGUGAUCCCAGAUAAAAUUCAUAAGGAAUUAAUGGGACAAAUGGUGACAAUAAAUUUAAACAAGGAAGAGCUUGGCGGACGGUUGGUUUGGACCAGUCCCACGCAGGCUAAAUGCGGGUGUACUUCGCGAGAGGAAAAAAUCUAAUCGUUCUUAAAGAAGGGCGUUUAGAAGAUGAGGAAGAGCCGUGUGUUUUGGUGUGUGCAUCUAAUAAAUUCCUAUAUCACGGGGCUGGAGUGGCCGGCGCUCUCCGAGAGCGAGCCGGACCGAAAUUCCAGGAAGAAUCAUAUAAAAUAAUGCAACGAAGAAAGAGUCCUGUUAAAACGGGCGAUGUGUUAUUGCAAAAAAUAGGAGGUCCAAAUGGGAAACCUGUAAUGCAUGCGAUCGGUCAUGAGAAAGGUCAGAGGAGUGAUAUAGAAGAAGAGCUGACGGCAAUGCUCACACUAGACGGUAUAAUAGAUAAAAUAUGUCUGUUAUCCAGAGAAAAUAAUUAUCACACAGUGGCAAUGCCUAUAAUUUCAGGGGGAAUUUUCGGUUUUAAUGAUGUUGCCAUGGGAGUAGCCCUCGUGAACACAUUAAGACGGAAAACAGACCGAACCGAGUGGCCUAGAAUGUGGAUGGUCUGUCAUCCAGACGCAUCAGUGCUGAGAACCAUCACAGACAGAGUGAAUGAAGACCAGACGGCAGGUGAAGGAAGCUCAGAUCAGAGAAACACUGCUAGGCAAGAACAACAGACGGCCGCACAGACCAGAGUAGUGGAAGAAGAGCCGAUCCCCGAUUACCCUAUAUUAAGGCGAACAACGACAUCUAGAGGUGCCGAGCACAGGCCGACCCAAAAGGGAGAGGCGGACAAGGGCAAACAGAGGAAAGAGUAAAGGACAAUCCGAAAUUCCAAGUAGGUGAUCAGGUCAUUCUUACAAGAAGACGAAAGGUAGGAAGAUUCUCUGAAGGCUUGGGGACAGUGGAUGUAGUUAAAACAAUAACAGGAUCUAACACUGUCGAGUUAGAAAAUAACGGAAUUCAGAGUAAUAAAGACUUGAUAAAGAAGUAAUAGAUGGAGUUGAUAAAUGCAAUAAUUAAUCAACGAGGAUUAAUUAGGGUGGAGCACCAUAAACAUGGAUCAAGAGCAUUUCUGUGGUUGCAGCCAGAAAUAGAAAGGUUUCUCGGCUUCAGAGGAGAACAGAAUAAAGCAGCAGAGAACGCUGUCAGGCCAUAUUGCUGUGUGAUAUACGACCAGCUAUGUGCCAUGCCCAGUCUUUCAGGAUGUAAUGAAAAAAGAGAGAUGGGUGCUGAGUGGACGACUCACAGACAGUCUCAUGUGGAGCUGUCUGGGGUUGUGAUAUCCGUAGGCUCAGAGGGGCCGUGAAACUGUACUUGGAGUGGUGCAGCAGUAGUCAACUGUCAAAUGUGUAAGGCAAAGAACAGGACAUUGAUGUCUUCCUGUACGAUGUGGGAGAGUUUGAGGGUUAUUAAACCUUUAGGCCUUUUUAAAGACGGAAUAAAUGUCUAAGUUUUCCAGACAUCCCUAUUUGGGCUUGAGAGAGCAUGAGCGGAACGCGUGGCUAGACGCUAGGUUCCCCAUGCUG